CGUCCGGAAAAACUAGAUCCCAAGCCGGCAAAUGGAGUCAAGACGAAGCCGGCGAAUAUCGACUGUCCAGAUUCGCCGUUGUCUUCAAACCAACGGCCUAGAUUCUACCAAGUCGUAAAAACGUUCUAUAAAAACAUACCGUGCUAAACGCCUUGCUGUUUCUAUGUUCCGUAUCGAAAACUUGCAGUCUGUCAUAACACACAAUGAACACCGUGUCGUUUCUCGAAUCCUCGGUUAUUAGGCUCUGAUGAUAUAUCGGGCUCAUAAACAUAACGGCCCAGUUUCUCAUAAGUUAUAGAAAGGCUUUAGAUACAAAGCAAAGCAAACAUUUUCUUUUUCGUCGACGGAUAACAAACUCGCCGGAAAGACUCGGGAGAGAGAGCGAACGACGGUGGUCCGUUAUCAAAGUGGGCGGGAAGGUUUGUUGAAGAUGAUCGGCCGUCGUGCUGGAAUGAAUCGAGUUGUUAUGAGGAGGGAUGACUCCUUUCUGACUCGUUUUGUUGACUCAGUAUUCUAUUUCUUCCGAUUGGCUGAGUUUGAGAUCCUGUUUGUUCUGUUCAUCUUAAUAACCUACGUCAUCUUCAAAGAUCUGACGGCGAGGCCGGAGUACAAUCGGAUUCUUGUGGAUAAACCCGGUGGAUCUGACGUCUGGCCGUUCUAAAAAUGAAGAAAAAAUAGGAAUUUUGUUUUGAAUGGUUAGUACUACUCUUGUUACUGUAAAACGGUGUGAGCUUGUACACGGCAAUGAACAGCUUAUCUUUCUUCUCUUGUACAUGUCUUUGUUCAAUUGGUCAGUGUAAUUCUCCUUCCAUAGUUAUAAUGCAUCGUUUUCGUCAAA